AUGACGACCACUCAUGGAGGCCACGUGUAUUACGUGAUCAAGGUGCCCAAGGAGACGGAUGGCAACGAAAGGUAAUCGUCGUUCACUCGUCGAACCCCAUGAAACACCAACUUUCCCAAGGCUUCAGUGUACUUUAGGCCAAAAACCAAGAUUCCGUUGUACGUCGUACUGCGUCACACACGUUCGGUUGUUGCAAACACGUUGCACAGGUAGCGCGCGUCGGCGACAGGUGGAAAAAAUAAACAACUCGACGAUUUCUCCCGCUCCCCUGUACGUUCGCCAAAUUCACGCCUGUCCACGUUGUUUAACGUUUAAAAAAAAAAAAAAAAAAAAAAAAAUAAUCUGAUCCAGAUAUUUUACGUGCGGGUUAUAUUAUUCUCAAAGGAACCCUCGAACGCAUGGUGAUUGGUUCGUGAUCAACUUGUUGAUAACGUGACAAAUACUGCUCUCCCCCUUAUACUGUUGUGUAUUGAACAUGAUGUGUAUGGCUUCGUUUGUCGUCGACGUAAAUCCACGACUUUUCGCGUUGCCGGUGUCACGAGGACGGAACUGCGGAUCCAGAUCGAACGGAAUCAGCGGAGAUUAAUGGCGGCAAGGAGAAGCGCUCAGUUUCGCAAUAUCGGACAUUAUUAGUCCCGUUGGCUGUGGUCCAACGGUUCCGUUCAGCCUACUAACCAUUUUACCGAACGAAUUUUACUUCUCUUUUACUUCUCUCUUUCUUUUUUUCACUCCUUUCUCUCCACUCCGUACGAUCUUGACUUGUUAGGUAUAUUCGUCCUCUUUAUCUUCUUCUUUUUUUUUCUUCUCUCUCUUCUUCGACCCCAUAUGCAUUGAGUUGUGCAAGUUAAUAGUCGGGAUUUCGAAUAAUAAUUAUUCUAUGUAAUUACGAAACAGUUUCACCGUUUUAAUUAAUUGCGAAAUAAUUUUGUUUGAUAUUAAGCAUAGGCGAACGCAGAAAUAAUUUUGAAAAAUGUAGCGAUAGCGAUGAACGGAUUUUUUUUCAAAGAAAAAACGUUUUUAGACUUGUGUUUUCCGAAGAUUAAUACAUAUAUAUAUAUACAAUCUUUUGUUUGUUUAGUGAAAAAGUUUUUUUUUUUCUUAGAAAAUUUAUUAUUACUACCAUACCACCAUAUCAUUUAGUCAGCUUUUCAAUGUUUUUUGAAUCAUUUCUACGCUGCAUUGCCCAAGUGCAUUGUGUCCAGAAAAUAUACACAAUGACUGCCGCGUGAAUGGAUUAAAAUCUUAACCUUAAAAUUUGUUUCUCUCCCUUAACCCUUCAGAGCAGAUUUUAAGUGUAGAUUUAUCAGCCAGCAAAUUUUGCUGUAUUUUUUUUUUUCUUUUUCUAAGAAAACUAGUGUAUUUCUCGCAAAAGACAUUACUUUUUCACAAAAUUUUCAGAGAAUCUCGAAAAAGCAUCAAAGUUAAUGUCAAUUAUUUAAUGAUUACCACCAGUCGGUAAGAGACAAAACACGUCAACGUGUUACCGACCGGUUAAGUGUUAAAAAGAUGAUUCGAACGUUUGUUCUUAUUGUCGAAAAGUGCAUCGUCGGUUGAAUCACUUGAAAACAAAGGUCGGAGAGAUCGCGAGAUCGAUGAAACGCAAAACGAACGAGAACGAACGAUCGCGUGUAGCAGCACGUCUGCAGUUACACGUGCACAUGAGCAAGGGGGGGAGGAAAUAGAUGGGCUGCAAUUAUACCGUGCAAUCCGAUACCAUGGACAAUGUCACGGUUAAUCAGCAGUGGCGAUUAUAAUUAAAGCUAAUUUGCGGCGACGUUGCAUAAGAAGGGUUAACAGACAAAAAUAUAUGCGAGCCUUGUUAUCGCAGAACUUGAUACGGCUAGGAAGCUGCCUCCAGAGGUAGAUAUUUUCGUUCCACCGUGAAAACGAUUAGCUACGCGACGACGAGUUGAUUCGGUGUAAUUUAGCAUCCGGAAAUGGUGUACAGUCGUCGUCACCGUCGUCGUCUAGUUUGGGGCUUCUCGAACUUUUCCACUUGGCGACGACCCCCUUUACCCGAGCAAAUAUUUUCACGACCCUGACUACAGAGCAGUGGUUCCCAACCAAUUUGAUUUUCUGGGGGGGCAAUUCGAGAAUGAGUUAUUAACCUCUUAACAGGGAAAUUAAUUUUGAUUCACAUAGAAAUAGUUUGGGGAUUUUUUUCCUUCGCAGUGAGAAGUUUAGAAGUAUUAAAGUAUUAAAAAAAAAGGAAAUCGUUUUUGGCCAUUUAUUUUGACAAAAUAUUCUGCGACAUAUUGAACAAAUAUAUAAAUUCCAUUUAGACUUCAAUAAAAUAUUAUCACACGUUACUUUUAAAAUUGUCACGACGAGAAGUGUCGUCAUGCAGUUAUCUUCCUGGUAUGACGAAAUAUUUCGUUUUACCCAAUUAAGAGGGUUAACAGUGAGUUUUUUGCAUUCCUUUAAAUGAAAAUUUAACAAUCCAAUUUUUUCUUCUUUCGUGGAUGUCACGUUCUUUGGAAACUUGUUCACACUUUCAAAGUCAAUAAAGGCUUCCUUUAUUUGAAAAAUUUAUUUUUUGAAUAAUCAGAAUUAUGCGUCACCGGGGUACGUUUUUCAGCAGGAUUUUGGAGAGAGGAUGGGAACCACUGGUAUAAAGGAAUACGAAUUUGCUGAUAAUAAAUCAUAAAGAAAAUUUAUUCGAACGCUUCAGCGCCAAACGCGGUUUUGAAUUAAUUUUCAGAAUUGUUUACCUUUGCUAAAAUUCCUACUUUGAGAAGCCCUGGUCUGUUCCAGCGAUUACACUAAUGAGAGAAAUGAAUUUUUCAGUACGGACAGCGGCUGGGAUAAUCCGUUCCGACCAGACGGCGAUCUUUCGAGGGAAGCCGACGAGAUAGUGGAAUUGAUCAAAGGCGGGAAGCCCAUCACUCCGACACCUGGACAAACGGGUCCCCCGUUGCCGGGAUGUGAGACGAGCAACGCGCAGUCCGCCGUCGACCACGACUCCAGUUCUAGCCCGUUGCUGAAAUCCACCGCCAACUCGACGAAUCGACACGCCAGCUCGUCGCCAAAGCCUGGCCAGGAGAACGGAAAUGCCCAUGGUACCCCGAUGAAAGGUGGAGCCAACAGCCAGCAGCCUGUCAAUGAUAAG